AUGAGAAUGGGAGAAUGGGGGAGAUGGGAGAACAGAGAAAAUGAGGAAAAUUGCAGAACAAGAGAACAGAGAACAAGAAAACAGGAGAAACAGAAAAUGGAAGAAUGGGAAAAAUGGGAGAACAGGAAAAUGGGAAAAGGGGGGAAAGAGGAGGAUGGGAGGACCACAGAAGGACCACAGAAGGAUGGGAGGACAACAGAAGGAUGGGAGGAGGACAACAGGAUGGGAGGACAACAGAAGGACAGGAGGAUGACAGAAGGACGGGAGGAUGACAGAAGGACGGGAGGACGACAACAGGAUGGGAGGACGACAACAGGAUGGGAGGAUGACAACAGGAUGGGAGGACGACAACAGGAUGGGAGGAUGACAACAGGACAGGGGGAUGACAGGACCGGAGGACAAGUGAGAUGGGAUCAACACAUUCAAUUUUACUUUUACUUUUCUCAUCUGCACAAAGAACAGGGAAACAGGAGAAUGGGAAAAUCAGAGAACUUAUGA